AUGACAAUUUUUUUCUUAUGUUCCAAAUCCGCAUUCCACAAUGCCACAACCUGCGACAACUCAAAACCCUUCCGCCACCUCAUCUCUCUCACACUCUCAAACUGCUCCUCCUACGUUGCACUCUCCUUCACCGCACUCCAAUCACUCUCAACACUCCAAACUCUCAACCUCCUCAACUGCCCCGUCAACCCCAUUCGCUUCCCACUCGAACUCACCUCCUCCCUCCACACCUUCACAUGCAUCAACAGCCUCCGCAAGGUCUCCGGCGUUUGGCUCUCUCAGCUUCAGAAUCUCACUGAUCUCGCCCUAACAAAUGUCCAAGUCAAAGCUUCUGGACCUUACGUUAUCUUUGCCCACAUGGACAAGCUCAAAAUUUUGACCAUUUCAAACGCUAAUCUCACUGGUUUUCUUCCUGGGCAUCUUCAUUCCGACCUUACCCAUAUAGAUUUUUCUGGCAACAAGCUUAAAGGGACUAUUCCCUCUUCGAUUACCAUGCUUUCUGGUUUGGAAAGUUUGAAUCUUUCCAAUAAUAAUCUCAGUGGUGAGGUACCUGCUAUCAUUGGGGACUUGACUUCUCUGACAACCUUGUCUCUGGCUUCAAACUCUUUCUCUGGCCAAAUUCCAGGUUCAAUAUCUUCUGUUUCGAGUUUGAUUCAUUUGGAUCUGAGCUCAAACCAAUUCAAUAGUACUAUUCCAAAGUUCAUUUCUCAGAUGAAGAGUUUAAGGCACUUGAAUCUUGCUAACAACAACCUUCAUGGUGUUCUGCCUUUCGAUCAAAAUUUCAUUAAGAAUUUGGAUGUGUUCAACGUUGGUGGGAAUAGCAACGUUUGCUAUAACCACUCGGUUCUGUCCUCAAACUUGAAGCUUGGAAUUUCACCUUGUGAUAAGUAUGGGAUGCCGGCGUCUCCACCAUCAAAGGAUUCUUCUUAUGCUGAUGAUAGCAGUGAUUAUAAUGACAGUGAUGGUAGCAGCAAUCAAAAGAAAAGGCACCAUAGUGGCCCUAACAAGUUUGUUCUUGGUGUGGCAAUUGCACUUUCUUCUAUUGUCUUUCUCAUUGUUUUCAUGAUAAUGUGCACAAAAUGCUGCUGCCGCUAAAGGGUUUUCUUUUCUUU